GUCCGCGUCCCGAUUUCCAUGACGGUCGAGCGGGUCUCGGGUGAAAGCCAGCCUGUUGAUUUUGGCGAAUGAGCAAUUUUAUACGAAUAUAUCACCCUGAACUUUGCCUGCAUUCUAUGUAGACUCUCGCUUUUGGCGCCCUCUACUUUCCCGGACUGUACUACACUUUGUGCAGCUAGAACUCGGUCCGCAACUGCCAGCACUCGGGAAGAGGGCGAAGAAUUCACGAGAGCCAGCCUCGGAAGUGAAAGUUCCAAGAGGGAGCCGGCCUACCUAACACCCAAAGGUGUUGGACCGGGUCGACAUGGUCGAACACCAGUUGUCCUAUGCUGCCUGGCCUGCUGAGUUCCUCCAGCAUUUUGUGUGUGUUGCUUGGAUUGCCAGCAUCUGCAGAUUUUCUCUUGCUUGAGGUGGAAGAUUCACAACCCUGCAGGUGAAAAUGGAUUUCCGGGCCUUUGUCUUGUGGUUAGUGGUGACGUUAUCAUAUUUUGAUACCACAUUCUCUGAAAACCAAUGUAAGAUAAAGGAUCUGGUUGCUGAUUGCAGUCACUUGAAGCUCUCUGAGAUCCCUCCAGACCUGCCUACCAACAUAACAGAACUCAAUCUCUCCCACAACCAGCUGAAGCGUUUGCCAAGCUCUACACUAUCCAGAUACAAUCAGCUUCAAACCUUGCAUGCUGGAUACAAUGACAUUCCAAAACUCGAUGAGGGCCUCUGUAAAGUUCUGCCACUCCUGAAUGUGUUAGCACUGGAACACAACCAGUUAUCAACGUUGGCAGUAUGUUACUUCUCGUACUGCAGACACUUGACCGAAUUGUAUUUACAGUCCAAUAGAAUUAAGCAGACCUCAGGGGAUGUUUUUGGCAGCCUUCAGGAAUUAAAAAUCCUGGAUUUGUCUCGCAAUAAACUGGUCUCUGCCAGUCUGGGAGUCCAUCAGCAAUUACCGAAGCUGCAAAGACUGGUGUUGUCCGCAAACAAAAUUGUGCAGUUGAAAUCAAACGAUUUUGCCAUCCUUAGCAAUACCACAUUGUACCAGUUGGACCUGUCCUUCAAUAAACUAACUCAGUUUGAACAUAAAUGUUUCCGCACAAUUGGAAGUCUACGCAGUCUGGUUUUAGACGAUGUUACUCUGCAGCAUGGUAUCACCAAGCAACUUUGUGAAGAAUUGUCAGGAACAGAUAUUGCCACACUUUCUUUGAGGAAUACGUAUCUGAAAUUAGAGCAGAAUACUUUUGCUGGAUUAGCAAAAACUAAGUUAAUAUCUCUUGACCUGUCCAACAAUAAGUUAACCACGUUGCCAGGCAACUUGUUUCAAUGGUUGCCUCACUUGGAGAACCUUUCUCUUGAAAACAACAAUAUCAGACAUAUUGGCAAUGAAACUUUUACUGGAUUAGGUAAUUUAAAAAGUUUGAACCUUAAGAAAAGCCUCAAAGGACAGGACAUCUCAGACAAAGUACAAUCCAGUAUUGAUGACUACUCCUUUCAAGGGUUAGGGAAUUUAAUCUAUCUCAAUUUAGAAGAUAGUACUAUUGUAGGUAUAAAGAACCAUACUUUCUCUGGCUUAGUAAGUUUGAAAUACCUGAGCAUGUAUAACUGUUUGGUGGAUUUUAGGACGAUAAAUAAUAAAACUUUUCUGUCCCUUACAAAAUCUCCCCUCAUUAACUUAAACCUAACAAAAACAAAGAUUUCAAGGCUUCAGGCUGGUGCAUUUUCCAUCUUCAAUAGGUUGAGGAAACUGGACCUAGGCCUCAAUUCUAUCUCUCAGACCCUUACUGGAGAGGAAUUCCAAGGGUUGAAUGCAAUAGAGGAGAUAUACCUAUCAUUUAACUUCAAACUGACUUUAACAUCAUCGUCCUUUGAGAAUGUUCCUUCGAUUAAAAUCUUAAUGCUUAGCAAGUCAAAGAUUUCGACACUGAACUUUCAACCUUCACCGUUUCAUCUUCUUCAGAAUCUCACAGUCCUUGAUCUUAGCAACAAUAAUUUGGCUAAUUUACAUAAAGAUGUUUUCAGUGAUCUCCUGCGGCUUCAGGUUUUAAAGUUACAACACAAUAACUUGGCACGUCUCUGGAAAAGUAUUAAUCCCGGUGGUCCAGUUCUUUACCUUUAUGGAUUGAAGGAGCUUCGGGUACUUGACUUGCAAUCAAGUGGUUUAGAUGAGAUUCCGGAAAAGGCUUUUCAGGGAUUAUUUAAGCUAGAAACUCUAGAUUUAAGUUUGAACAACAUAAACUUUCUUCCAGAUCAUGUACUUGAUGACUUAGAAUCUCUCAAGUUCCUAUAUUUGCAGAAAAAUCUUAUUACCUCUGUUGCAAAAGAUGUUUUCAACCAAGUGUUUAGCAACUUAGCAGCUCUCUACAUGGGAUUUAACCCUUUUGAUUGCACUUGUGAAAGUAUUUCCUGGUUUGUUACUUGGCUCAAGAAGACCAAUAGCAGUAUCCCUGGCUUGAAAAAUCAAUAUAUUUGCAACACUCCUCUGAGUUACCACAACAGUAGUGUUGCAGCUUUUGACACAUCUCUCUGCAAAGAUCAUGUCCCAUUUAAGGGUGCUUUCAUAAUUAGCAGUAGUGCUAUAUUUAUAUUUGUAUUCACUGUGCUAGUGGUUCAUUUCCAAGGCUGGAGGCUGGAAUUUUACUGGAACGUUUCUGUUAAUCAGAUGUUUGGAUUUAAAGAGAUAGAUCAUUUAGAAGCCCAAUUUGUGUAUGAUGCUUACAUCAUCCAUGCCAAAAAUGACAUUGAGUGGGUCAAUGAUAACCUGAUGCCUUUGGAGAAAUGUGAGCAAUUUGAAUUCCAAUUUUGCCUAGAGGAGCGGGACUCUGAAGUUGGAAUUUCCGAACUGCAGUCCAUUGUGGACAAUAUAAGCCGAAGCAGGAAAAUCAUCUUUGUCGUGACUGUGGAGCUUCUAAAGGAUCCAUGGUGCAGAAGGUUCAAGGUCCACCAUGCAAUGCAGCAAGUGAUUCAGCAAAGCAGAGAUUCCAUUAUUUUGAUCUUUUUGCAAGACAUCCCUGAUUAUAAAUUGAACCAGAUGCUUUGCCUCCGAAGAGGAAUGUUUAAAUCACACUGCAUUCUUAACUGGCCUGUCCAGAAUGACCGAAUAUCAGCCUUCUACCAGAAGUUUAAGGUUGCACUUGGCUCAAGCAACCGAGUACAGUAAUUUUUUACAAAUGUAUAAAACCAGUGAUGAUGGGUCUAAACUUCAGGGUAAAAAUUUUAAAAGGUUUGUUUUGGGCAAAAUUAGCAUCAAAUGCAAUUGUUUUCCCAAUUUGCUUUACAAAUUCAGUGAUCAAAUUUCUUUUCCAGUUACAUUGUACCUGCUUGAAACUGUUGUCGAAGUGUCAAUGGACAAAGUUUUAUUUUGCUGUGCAAAUGCAUUGGAGGUUAAGUAAGGAGGUUAAUCAGCAAAACGUUCUUUGCUUAUCUCAACACACAGAAAUCUCCAUUCAAAUUGAACCACCCUACCCCCAGAUGGUUAGACAUUACAUACAAUCCUGAUCCCUAAAAGUGUCUUUUGGAAUGAUGUGGAACUGAAGAGAAAUCAAGUAAAAUUUUCAUCAUUUCAUGAAAGCAGCAAGAUUGAAUCUUCUGAAACCAAGAAAGAAGAGUUACCUUUGGGAAUAUAAUUUAUCUUUUUUCUUGUAAAUGGGAAGCAGGCAAGACCAGUAUUUGUUGUGCAGGUUUAAUUGCCUCAAAAAAGGAGAUAGAAAUAGGUCUAUUCAACUGCUCCAGUCAUAUGGCGAAGGUCCUCUCACAGUGCGGAUUUGUAAGAAGUUCCAGUGAUGAAGAAAGAACUUUGGUAUAGCUCCAUGUGUGUGCCUUGGAAUGAAGCUGACAGACAGUGGUGUUCUCAUACAUGCCAUACAGUCACCUGGAUUGAAAACUUGCUGUUUCAAGAAAUGUCAUAGGAACUUGGGCAAGUUGUCGUAGUCCACCUUGUGGAUGGCAUACGAUGUAGCUAAGGUGCGCAGGUGGUGGUGAAAGUGAGUGGUUAAGGUGAAUUUGGGUUGGUGAUGAUAAAAUCAACUUCGGCAUCAAGCUACUGAAAUGGAAGUGAAGUUGCAUCUAUCCAGCCAAAUGUAGAAGUUUUUAUUUACAAACCUGAACUUUUGGUUAAAUGGGGGUAAUGGCUUUGAGAGGGUCAGGGAGAAUCAUUGAUUGUCCGAAGCACAAUAUUUCAGGGGCUGUUUAGUUACGUUUCUGGAUUAUGAUCAUCUCUGGGGUGUAGAUGGCUAAGGAUUCGAUAAUGAUCAUGCUAUAUAAUGCCAUGAAAAGGUGGUUUUGGUAAAGUUCAUUGUUAAAAACAGUUCAAAACAUCUCUAUAUACUAUGUUAUGUUUUGGAUAAACGUUGAUUCAUUGUACAUAAAUGUCUGUGAAAAUAUCCUCCAUUAUUAAGGCUGAGCUGAUACUUGUUCUAGUGUUUCUGUUUUGAACUUGUGUUUUUAAGUAGUAAGUUCCUCAAAUUCCAUAAUUGUCUCUGUGAUCGUAGAAGAAGCAAACAUAACAAGUUUGAUUACCCAUCCAUCACACUUGUGAUGGCUGCUAUAAAAUUGCUCCAUUUUUCUUUCAUUUGUACUUAACUGGUUCUGGAACAAUCCUUAAAAAACCACAGAAACACCCAAUGUUUUGUGCCCUGAAAUCUGUGCAGCUGAUGUCUGAGUAUAACCAUAAACUGCAAAGAUCUGACUGAUGUUGACCAGGACUCACGGCUUUGUUAAUGUUCUGCUUAGAACAAAAGCAGUGAUAUUCUUGAAUGCUCUGAGAUAAGGUUAAGUAAGGUUUGGAGAAAUAUGUACACUAUGAAUGACUUUUCCCCUUUAAUUUUUGUUCUCUCUCCUUCCUUUCUCUUCUAAUAGCUCUUGAGAUAAAGUUUUCUUCGUUGACAAAGCACAAGAGUUUGAAACAAAGCAAUGGCAAGAGGCAGAAGUCAGUUGCCGUGACUUUGUGCUUCGGGCCAGCUGAAUCGAUGCCUGGCUUUACUUGGUGGACCGUCCUUCAUAUGUCAAACACCAUUUUCCUGCUAUCUUCCCCAAGUCCUUUGAUGCCUUUCAUAUCCAGCAAUGCAACGACCUCUGCUUUGAAUGAACUUCAUGUACCUCCAGUGCAGAGAAUGCCAAAAGUUCAUCACCCUUAUUAAUGAAGAAUUUUCUCUUCAUUUGAGACCUAAAUGGUCUUCUCUCUAUUUUAAAACUGUAUCCCUCUAGUCGUUAGAGUCCCUAGCCAGGGGAACGUCCUCCCAUAUCUACCCUGUCAAGCUAUUUUGAAACUUGGACUGCAGUCAAUACUAGUGUUGAAAAUAAUUCCUAGAGUUCAUUAAUGAAGUUCAUCCAAACUGAUUCCACAAAAUCACAUUGUUGUAUAAGUCUGACUUACUCAUCUUGGACAGUCCCUUGGAGCUGAAGGGUGAUUUGCUUCCACUCCAUUUUGGGAAGAUACCCAUACGUGUAUUAUUUUCAUGUGGAGUGGCUGUUGUACCCCAACUACCACAUGGUUGUGACAGAGUAAGAUAUUGCCUCAGUGACAAUUGGAGUUGUACUGCACUGAAUUUGUACACCUGUACAUGGACAUAGACAUAGCUACAACCAUCUGCUCAACCCUCAUACUCACCCACCCUAAUUUACAUUAAUUACCUUCAUCUCAUUCACCACCUUCCCUCUUAGCCUCUUCUUUCCUCAUUCCCUUCUUGCUUCCUCCACUCUUUCACCUCGUUAAAAUGGUUGCCCCCUGGUGCUCUGUGUAUGGGGUGGUGGGUUCCAGAGAAUGAUUUCCCAGCCCACUGAGAUGGAUUCAAUCCCUUGGAAGUGGGAGCAGCUCACUUCACCACUAGCUUCUCUGAUGUCCUGGCAGAGACAAGGGUUCGCUACCAAUUAGUUUAUAGAACAUAGCUGAUUACAGAAAGGAACGGGCCCUUUGGCUUUCGAUGUCUGUACUGAACAAAAUGCCAUGCUAAAGAAAAUCUCUUCGAUCCAUAUCCCUCCAUCCUGCAUAUUCAUGUGGCUUAUCUAAAACCUCUCAAAACUUCACACGAUCUAAAAGCUGAUCCCUGAAAGUCCAUGAGCAAAAUAACGAUGGCAACAAACACUGUUAGUAAUUUAGAUUAUGAGAACACUCAGUCCUCUUUUAUUGUCAUUUAGAAAUGCAUGCAUUAAGAAAUGAUACAAUGUUCCUCCAGAGUGAUAGCACAGAAAACAGGACACACCAAAGACUAACACUGACAGAACCACAUAAUUAUAACAUACAGUUACAGCAGUGCAAAGCAAUACUAUAAUUUGAUGAAGAACAAACCAUGGGCACGGUAAACAAAGCUUCAAAAGUCCCCGAGUCCCUGAUAGCAGACGGCAAAAGGGAGAAACUCCCUGCCAUAAACCUCCAGGCACCGUCAACUUGCCGAUGCCUUGGAAGCAGCCGACACUGAGUCCAUCCGUCCAAAAACUUCGAGCUUCUGACCAGCCUCUGGAGCGCCAUCCUCUGCCAAGCACCUUCAACCUCGCCCCGGCCACUAAAACACGCAAAGCCGAGGAUUUCGGGGCCUUCUGCUCCGGAGAUUCUGGUUACCACACAGUAGCAGACAAAUUUAGCCAAAUCUAUCUGCUGAGAUGAUAAAAACUCAUGGGGGGAAAUACUCCUUUGUAUUUGGUGUAACACCAGGCCGUUUGUGGGCUUUGAGAAAAUAAAGAAUGAUUUCAAAUGCAAUGUAAAAAUUUUUUAAAGCAGAAGAUUGCAAAUGCUGGAAAUCUGAAAGCAGCAUCUGUUGAAAAGAGAAAAAGAGUUAACGUGAACCAUCUCAAGGUUUUCACUGCCUUUAUUUACUGCCCCCUUGUUCCUGAACUUCAAAUUCAGAUUUAUUUACCACAUAUGCAUUGAAACAUACGGCGAAAUGCGUCCUUUGCAUUAACAACCAACAUAUUCAUGGAUAUGGUGGGUCCAGCCUGCAGGUGUCACUACACAUUCCAAAGCAAGCCCAUUUUCCAGCCUACCCCCCAUUCACACAUGCAGGACAUGUCUCUGGGCCUCCAGUCUUUGGCUCCAGAACUUGCAGCACUCUUCUCAGCAAGGAAGGACUAGAACCAGUAUUGCUAUCAAAUCAUUGGUGUCAUUGCUGACCUCUAUUUAUCAGAUACUGAACAUUAGCUUCUUGCACCUCUAGACCUGUCAUGAGCCCUGCAGACCUGUUGGAGUGUUGGGCUCCGAGAUUUCUAGAGAACCUGUAUUUUGUCAAUUGUUAGCUCAACUAGAGUUGUUAAGAUCUUGUGCUUUCAGUUUACUGUUAUGAGGUUUACUUUGCCUGGCAUAGGUUUUCCACUUAUGGAUUAUUUAAAAUGGACUCCUGGUUAGCACUUAUCACAGGGUCCUUGUUCUGAGAAUGAUUUGUCUCGUGGCGUUGCUCAGCUGAGCUACCAAUGUUCUGUUGGGAUGGCUAUGGAUAAACUCUUGUUCUUGUUUCUACAUGAGAGUCUGUCGUUCCACCGUACCUGGGUUCGGCCAACGCACACUGUGACAAGACCAUGAACCCAGUCGCCAAUACAGAUACAGAUUUUGUUUCCCAACAGGAUCUUCCUUCCUCUGUCAUGAUCCACCAACCCACACUUCCCUCCUCUAUUUCCUUGCCAAGAUCCACUCGCAGGACUGCCCUGGUGGACCUGCCUUCCCUUGCCCCAGAGAUUUCAAUUCUUCCUACCUUUUUCCAGAUUUUUCUCUCUUUGAGCACUUUCCAUCAUCUGUGAAGAUUCCUGGUCCAGAUUUGUUCAUUUCUAUUCUGGAUGAUCAACCCUUCUACACACUCCCACACAAUGACAAAUUGAGGGUCCUCCUCCUACAAUAUCACCCUCCAUCAACUGGCCGAAAUGUUUUCUCACAAUCAGCAGCUUCUACAGCUCUACUCAUACAGAGUCAGAGCACUACAGCAGGGAAGCAGGCCCUUCAGCCCUUCUAGUCCAUGCAAACUAUUGUUCUGCACCUGGCAUCAUAGCUCUCCCUACCCCUUCCAUCCAUGUACUUGUCCAAACUUCUCUUAAAUGUUGAAAUUGUACCUGCCUCCACCACUUCCGUCGGCAGCUCAUUCUACUCUCCCCAACCUCUGAGUGAAAAAGUUCCCCUUUUUGUUCCACUUAAACAUCUCAUCUUUCACCCUUAACCCAUGACCUCUAGUUCUAGUCUUACCCAACUUCAUUGGAAAAAGUAUAAUUUGAUUUACUCUGUCUAUACCCCUCAUAAUUUGAUAUACCACUAUCAAAUCUCCCCUCAUUCUCCUACACUCCAGAGAAAAGAAGUUCUAACUUAUUCAAACUUUCCCUAUAACUUGAGUCCUCAAAUCCCAGCAACAUCCUUGUAAAUUUUCUCUGUUCUCUUUCAAACUUAUUGAUAUCUUUCCUGUAGGUAGGUGACCAGAACUGCACACAACACUCUAAAUUAAGCCUCACCAGCAUCUUAUACAUUUCAACACAACAUCCUAAUUCCUGUACUCAGUACUUUGAUUUAUGACAGCAAAAUAUGCCAAAAUCUCUCUUUAUGUUUCUACCUACCAGUGUCACCUGUACCUGUUCCCCAAGUUAAAAGUGUUGUCAUAUCCAAGCUAUGCCUGGCUAUAUGUCCUUUGUUUCAUUUCUAUGUAAGGCCAACCUCAUCAUUUUUCUUUUCUCCAGUGCUGAUGCUCUUAGAUUCAGAUUCCAACUUCUCCAUCUCAGGGAAUCAAGAUUGUGCCUUCUUCCAACUAACCAGUUCUGAUAAAAGGUACUCAAGCUGUAAUGUAACGGUCUUCUCUCUCCACUGAUCUAGAUGUUUGCAUCUAUAAUUUUAGCUAAUCACUAGAAAAAGUAGCUGCCCUUAUUUUCCGUUUGAUAUCAGAGUUAUUAACAUCAUUUUUAAAAAUGUUACAAAUUUUAUAAAAUUGUACUUGUGCGAUUUUUCACUAUUUUAUGUAUUUGCCAGCUUUUUAUGCAUUACUAAAAUUAAUAUAUUAAA